GUGAGAUUUUCCAUAUAAAGACGCUCGCAAACCCAAUCCUCUUUCACAAAUCACAAAUCACAUCUCUUCAUCUUCCUCGGUUUAUCCAAAUCCUCAUUCAGACUUCAUCAAAUCGUUUCUUGCUUCCGAUCCGAAAUUUGCGGCGGGAAAAGAAGAUAACAUCAACAAAAAAAUGAUUUCUCUAUUCAUCUCAAACUUUUCAAACUUAUCAAACUUAUCUCCGACCUUUGAUAACAUGAACAUGAACAUCCCAUCGAAGAAGAUCGUACCGGUACCGACACCGAGUGAGAAAGUUGUCUCUUUGGUAUCUCGAACCGGACGAGAUCUCCAACGUUACAACACCGCAGGGUAUCGUCAAGUCGUCGGAUGUGUACCAUAUAGAUACAAGAAACACGGAGGAGGAGAAAUUGAAGUGCUUUUGAUAAGUGCACAGAAGAAAGGGAAAGGAAUGUUAUUACCAAAAGGAGGUUGGGAGAUUGAUGAAUCAAUAGAAGAAGCUGCUUUAAGAGAGACAAUUGAAGAAGCUGGUGUUACGGGUCAGCUUGAAGAAUCACUUGGGAAAUGGCAAUACAAAAGCAAAAGACAUACUAUGAUUCAUGAUGGUCAUAUGUUUCCUUUGCUUGUUAGUCAGCAGUUUGAGAUAUGGCCUGAAUCUGAAUUCAGACAACGCAAAUGGGUUUCUUUGUCUGAAGCGAUUGAGUUGUGUCAGAAUUCGUGGAUGAGAGAAGCUUUGGAAGCUUUCAUUAACCGGAAAUGCCAGACCCAAUAAGGAUAAUGUAGCAUCUCUGGGAACAAAGAGCUCUUCAUUUGGAAGCAGAUGCAUAUAAUUGAAGAGCAGGUCCUCAAGUUUAGUGUUCUGAUUUGAUUCAUUCAUUUGUUAAUGAUGUUAGUAGACUAAUUGAUAAUAACUGAUUGUUCUGAAUGAUUGUCUUCACAACAUGUAAUGUGUACAUAUAUAAAAUGGAUCAAUCUCAUAGAUGUAAUAACGACUUGGUCUUCACUUUUGAUUUCUUAUGAUUUUCAAUUUGUUGGUGUUAUUUUUUGAAAAAAAUGCAGAUUAGGCGGUGAUGAAUAAUUAUUGACGAGACCAAGGAAAA